AUGGUUGAGAUCGAGGAAGUCCCUCGUGAGAAAGUGAAUUUCUCAGAAGAGCUUUUGAGCAGCACAUUAUUUGCUCGCCAAUUAGCGGAUCAGAUGACUUUAGCAAAGGCGUAUGUCAUCCUUGCAAAAGAGCAUGGUAAUCUUCAGCUUGCAUGGGAGCUUAGUUCGCAGAUAAGGAAUUGUCAAAGAUUGCUCUCUGAAGGGGCAGCCUCUUUUACACGUGCGAAGAAAUGGGUUCAAGAACUUCAAGCACAAGGAAACUCGAAUACAAUAGUGGCUCUUGCUGGGAACAAGGCUGAUUUGUUAGAUACGAGGCAGGUGUCAGCAGAUGAAGCAAAGGCGUACGCUCAAGAGAAUGGUCUCUUCUUCAUGGAAACUUCUGCCAAAACAGCUACCAAUGUGAACGACGUGUUCUAUGAGAUUGCGAAGAAACUGCUUCAAUGGCAGCAGGUUCAGAACCCACAAGGCGGGAUGGUUCUCAACCAGAGACCACCUGAGAGGAUGGUGAGCUCUUCUUCCUGCUGUGCGUGAAGCGCAAGAUGGGAAGUGUGGAUCACAUGUUCCAUGGCCUGGACUCCAGGAGUAUUAUGUGCGCGGAGGCGGGGAAGAAUGUUGUCGAAUCUUGUGAAGUGGUUGCCAUCCCAGUUGCUGAAAUCCUGUACUUUUCACUGCUUGUUCGUUGCCGUGUUCCUUGUAAAUGUGAAUAAUUGUUACUUUGGAUACUCACGUGUUCUUACGGUGCAUGAUCGUGCUUGUCUUUCUAA